AUGAAUUACAAAUUUUCUUUUUUUUGCAUUUUAUUAAGUAUACUUUCAAUAAAGCUUAUCUUUAAGUGUAAUAGUAUUAAUGUAAAUAACACCGAUAAUUUGAUAAAAGAUAAUUUUCAUAAAAAACCAAAAAAUAGAUGGUCAAAUAAAAAUGCUGAAAAAGAACUAGAAGAAAAAGGUAAUUCACAUAAUUUAGUUGAAGUAUCUAAUAACUAUGAAAAUAAUAAAACAGAUGUAAGAAAAAAUAUUGAAAAGCUAAAGAUAUUAAGUAAAAACUUAAAAAAUGAGAAUUCAGGAAAUAAUACUGAAAUUAUAAAAAAUAUAAAUGAUAUAGAUGAUAGUAAAUUUAAAUCAUAUAUAUUAAAUGAGAUUCAUAAUAAUGAGAAUCUAGGAAAACAAAAAAAAAGUGAAGAAGAUAUAAAAAGUUUAGAACAAAAUUCACAAAAGUUGCUGUAUGAUAUUCGUGAAUGGUUAAACUCUGUUAGGAAUAUAGAAGAAAAAUCAAAUGUUUUAAAGGAUAUAAAAAAUCAAUUAUUAAAUAAUAUUGUAUCACUAAAUCAAACUUUAACACAAGAAAUAGAAAAUAUAAAUGAAAUUAAGAAGUUACAAAAAGAACAAAAUGCUAUAUUUUCAGAAAAUUGGCUAUAUUUUUUUCCUUCAACAUCUGAAUACUUAUUAGAUGAUAAAAAGCACCCAAAGUAUGAUAUAUUAAAUUAUUUAGAAGAAUACAAUAAAAAAGAAAAAGGGGAACAUGAAAAUAAUGUAAGGAAGCAUAAUAUUAAAUCACUUAGCUUACAUAUUUUUCUAAAUUAUUUCAUUUUUUUUUUAAUAAUAGCUAUUCUAUUUAAUUAA